GAGUAAGAAAAACGUUGGUUACGGGUAGCGUUCCAACCGAAAACUUGCCGGAGAAAAUCCAUGAAACGCCUAGACGUGAACGCCGAUCGCUUGUGAAGAAAGGUGAUAUUGCUGUCUUUGACCAGCCGUCAACAUCGUCUCAGCCUGAGACCCAAAAUUCAGAUAUUGACGAUUUUUAA